AUGGAGUACAGCCACGGGAAAGACAAGGCCCAGGGUGCCCCCGGGGGCACUUUUCCGUCGGUGUAUUUUGGCAUGGGCGAUCUCAGCGUCUACACGCUCACUAGAACCACCGAGGAGGUCCUGUCGAACAGGAUUCCCGGCGGAUUGGCCACACCGUUUCGAACCCAUAACGCCUCCGAGUCAUUGAAAGACAAGAUCAGGAUCAGGGUCCAUUGGCCCAACCACGACGAUGACAGCACGCACGUCGCGCAGAACUUUUCACUCAGGACUGGCCACAUCACUGUGGUUCAGCUCGCGCAGUCUGUCAGUAGCGUCGUCAAGAGGGUGAUGGAGCAUUGCAUGCUUGAACGCAACCGCCCGCCAAAUCACUGCUGCUGGGGGGUUAACGAACUCAAGCAGUAUGGCUUGACCGGCGAGUGUGUCUAUCUGUUCGCUCUGCACCAUGUCGGUGGGAUGACUUUCCAGCCCGAGCUCCACGUCGCGCCGUCCAUGCAACCGCACCUGUUUCCUAGUCCACGCCCUGCCACCUACGAGGACCUCGUCGCUGCCGGGCUAGCAUGA